AUGAAUGUACGGAUUCAGGCGAGCUGUCUGUCAUGUUGGCUUCUGGCGAACGUCUUCCUGCGUUCAUAUGUGUCCUGUGGGAAAGUCGAGUCCAAAUUCAGCGUCUGGAUACCAAAUGGUCAGUUUGUUCAAAUUCCCUGCAAUCUUGACGAGGAUAAAUAUGCCAGGCUGAUUGGGAAACAGGUUCGCCUCACGCCCUUCCAAUUUCUGGAUGCCAAUCUACUACGCCCCUUGGGUUCGGAGGUGACUACAGUAUGGUAUAACUCUCUGGGUCGUCUGAUACAUGUUGGUAGCGCCUUGCCCCUGCGCCUUCCUCCGGUAAUGCCAGGCGAAGUUGACGCGGAGGCGUUGAAGGACAAUUCUGAGUCUAAAGCCGGCACCAAGAACACACUCUAUCUACCCCCCAAUCAGUACAGUGACACUGGAAGCAGCUUGGACCUCCUUAGACGCUACAGCAUGACUACUGUCACAUGCCAGACCUUCCGCUCGAGCACGUCUGGUGUCAUCUGGGAUUCGGAUGAGGAGGAUGAAAAGGAUGCCGAUUUCAGUGAGAAACACGUUAUUUAUCGCAAUCAGUUUAUUCUAACGGAGUAUGCGCAACCGACCAUUCAGUGGCGCUACGCCCUACCCAGACAGUACCUAAACGAAACUGACAAGAAAAGAUACUUGCCACCCAGUUGGUGGGAGGAUGUCGCCAGAAACUUUUGUCGUAGUCUGCAGAAUGUACACGAGUUCCGAUUCACACCAUGCAUUCAUGUCGAAGUGAUCAAACUGCCCUUCCAUUUGAAGUAUUCUGACUCCUACUACGAACUCCUCGUGACCAUCCGCCUAGGCACUAGUCCGCUGCACGUCGUCCUGCCGCCAUCUGCAACCUCCUUUGACAGUCUGGCUACAGUUCACGCUGCUUCCAAACACCUUCUGGAUGAGCUCCUACGUCAUGAGCUAGACAACAAGCUGCGGACGCAGGGAAUGCAGGUGGAAGACAAAACAAAAAUCACUUUCCUAACUGCGGUGCGUUUCCUCUGUCCUCCGGGUAGUUAUGUGCGCAAUUCCGAGCCGCCUCUCAAACCAAUCUUUCACCUUUUCCAAAUGAAAAAGGAUUUUGAAGACAUUUUCGACAACACGUCCGAAUUAAUUGGCAUGCCGCCUACGGCCAGCGCCAGCCUGCUCCACCGAAUGCCCCCAGUCUGCGUUCCCUGCCCGCCGGGCCAGGCGCCCCUGACAGCCUACUCUUUCGACCGGUGUCGCCCCUGUGCGCGGGCUUUCUAUCGCGGAAGCACGGGAUGGCCGGCUUCGGGGGGCUGCUUGCCUUGUCCAGAGGGCUUUACUACAGGCAAGGAGGGAUCCCUCUCACCAGAAGACUGCAAACUCAAUGGCGGUACCUAUACGCAGGCUCUUGCGGGUUUCGCCACCUGGGCCUACGAUAAUUUCGCCGCUCUGGUGGUCGCUUAUCACGAAGCUUCCAGCUCAUAUCGCAGCCACGUGGCUUACUACCUUGGCGAGUCGGAGACGCAGGAGUCGGCAGCGGCAAAUUUGGGAUCCUGGAUAAACCGCAUCAGCCCGAAAGCACUUGCUGCUGGCAUCGCUUCCUCCGUAUUCGUUCUUUUUCUCUUCUCACUCUUUGUCUACAGACUUGGCCUACUAGUACGUUUUUUGAGAGCCCACCACAAAUACGUACGGUUACUGCGACGAGUUAUCUACUUUGGACAUCUCAACCUGCAAGACGAUGUUAGAAACAUCCUGCGGAUGGAGUACGUGGAGGGAGUGGAUCCGCAGGGCAGGCCUUCGGCAAACUUUCGAGGUAGCGAUAUGCUUGGUCCAGAUUUGGACUUCCUUGCGGGUAUGGACGAUCCGAAGUAG